GAUCAGCAGCACCACCACAGACCGACAAUAUACGUGAAAACAAUGGAGCUUUUCAACUUCUGUUUCCCCUUCAAGGGUUUCCAUUUUACCUGUGGUUUUUCAACAAACUCUGAUAGAAGCAGAAGGAUGGAGACUAUAACCUUCAACCCACCUUUGUACAAGCAGAGACAUCAGCUGGUCUUUGAACUUGUAGAGAAAUAUAAGGCAAGGAAAGUUGCAGAUUUGGGAUGUGCUGAAUGUACGCUGCUGUCACGUUUAAAAUUCUGCAACUGCAUUGAAGUUCUUGUUGGAGUCGAUACUGACUUAGAACUGCUGAAGGAAAAGAUGUAUCGCGUCUCUCCCCUUCCAUGCGACUAUCUACAGCCCCGGGCAUCCAUGUUAACAGUGAGUUUGUAUCAUGGAUCAGCAACUGUAAAAGACUCUCGCAUGUUGGACUGUGACUUUGUGUCAUGCAUUGAAUUAGUAGAACACCUAAAUAUCUCAGAGGUUGAGAGAUUUUCAGAGGUGGUGUUUGGAUACAUGAAUCCAGCAGUAGUUGUAAUUACAACUCCAAAUGCAGAUUUCAACCCCUUACUUCCAGGAAUAAUGCGAUUCAGGCACUGGGACCAUAAAUUUGAGUGGAGCAGGGCAGAAUUCCAAGCUUGGUCUUUGAACAUUGGAAAUAAAUUUGGUUAUAAAGUGGAAUUCACUGGUGUAGGAAAAGGACCUCUUGGGACAGAGCAGUUGGGAUUCUGCACUCAAGUAUCUAUAUUUCUGAGACAGUUAUCAAAAGCACCUCAAAUAGAGACGAAACAUUCCAAAAAGCUAUAUAAACUGGUAUAUGAAGUUGUUUACCCAAGUUUGAAAGAUAAGAAAAUCCAGCAGGAUAUUGUCCUUAAUGAAGUUAUCUACGCAGCAGAAUGUGUGAGAAGACAGAUCAUUAACACUUGUUAUGACGAUGAGGGGCAAGGGGCUGAGAAUUGGAACCAGAAUGAAAGGGGAUCUGCACAAACUGAUGACAGUAAACGAGAUAAAACUUAUAAACCGAAAGAUAGUAAAAGGCUGGAAGUGUGUAAGAUUGAUGGUAAACUUCACAUACCCUUAAUUAAUUUAUUCUCCAUGCCUAAAGUGCAACAGCUCAGUGGCUCUUUCCAGCGUCUGGAAGAGAUCCUACAGGUGACUGAUCGAGUAGCGCUGAGUCGAUGUGGGGCCUUUCUCCUAUAUCCUGCUGAUGAUGACAGAAAUGAGGACUAAUUGAUGGAUUUUCACAAUCAGUUGAUACCAACUAUAGACUGUACUAAAAAAGGGAAACAUUCAAAUCAAAAUACAAAGUGUGUGCAAAUAUAGGAACAUGCUUAGUUACAGUUUCUGAUGAAGGA